ACUCAAACUACCAGUUUUUCGCGGACUACUCGCUUGUUUAUUUAAGCGAUAAAAACCGUUGGGAUAUUUUUAAUAAUAUUUCUUCACAGUUUUAUUAGAUCACUUAACAUGAAAUAUUUUUGUUUUACUCUGAUUUUUCUAUCAAUAUGUAUAGCACAUUGUUUUGGUGAAGUUAAAAGAUGGCCAUCACGUUUUAGUCGUGCACCAUUACUCGAAAGAUUCUCCUGGAAACAGCUUGACUGGCAAUAUCCCGAUGAGAUAACACGAAAUGAAGCACUUGCAAGCGGUGAAUAUCAGCCUCAAAAUGGGCUUCCGGUCGGCAUCGAAAUAUGGAAGAAUAAGCUAUUCGUCACUGUGCCUAGAUGGAAAAUUGGUAUACCAUCAACACUAAACUACAUUGAUUUAGAUUCAAAUCGUGGUGGUUCACCAAAAUUAACACCGUAUCCAAACUGGUCACAAAAUGUUGCUGGUGCUUGUGGCACUGGUAUCACAACCGCAUACAGAAUUUAUGCUGAUCAGUGUGAUCGUCUUUGGGUGCUAGACACUGGGACAAUUGGGAUCGGUAAUACAACUGUACAGGCAUGUCCAUAUACACUAAAUGUCUUUGAUCUCACCACGGACAAAAUUGUACGACAAUAUCGCCUUAGGCCAGAGGACAUCAAUCAGAAUACUUUCAUUGCAAAUAUCGCUGUUGACCUGGGUACUGGUGGCUGUGACGAUGCUUUUGUUUAUAUGUCUGAUGAACUUGGAUAUGGUCUAAUUGUAUAUUCUUGGGCUAACAACACAUCAUGGCGUGUUACACAUAGUUAUUUCAUGCCAGAUCCACUAACAGGUGAUUACAAUGUUGGUGGGUUAAAUUUUCAAUGGGGUGAAGAAGGUAUAUUUGGGAUGAGUUUAUCACCGAUUGCUGCUGAUGGAUUUAGAACAUUAUUUUUUCAUCCGUUGAGCAGCAAUCGUGAAUUCGCUGUAUCUACAGAAAUUCUUCGUGAUCCAGAAUUGGCACUGGACAGUUAUCAUGCCUUUCAGGUACUUCCUGAAAGACCAAUGGGACAUUCAACGUCUGAAGUAAUGGAUGAGAAUGGUAUUCAAUUAUUCAAUCUGAUAGAUCAAAAUGCAGUCGGUUGCUGGAAUUCACUCUUACCAUAUUCGCCAGAUAAUCUCGGUGUAAUUGCUCGACACGAUGAGGCUUUAAUAUUUCCUGCUGAUGUCAAGAUUAAAAACGGUGUGAUUUGGAUAAUAUCAGACAGGAUGCCUAAUUUUCUUAUCACUUCACUCAAUGCGAGCGACAUCAAUUUUAGGAUUCUCACAGUUCCACUUGCUGACGCGAUAGCUGGUACUGUUUGCGAUAAUGUACCUCGAAAAUUUGCUGGGUUCAAUUCAGUAUGGUGACGCUGAUGAUUGAACAUUAAUAACUUUAUAAUGGUCUAAAAAGGUUUUUUUUAAAUUUUAUUUGUGGCUGAUUCAAUAUUGAUAUAGACCACCAUCUAUUAUUGUAGAAUUGUAUUUUUUCACUAGCGAUGAAUUAUUGAUUACAGAUCACAAUCAUUACUAAAUAUUGUAAUUUUUAACAUGACAUAACUUUUGAUACAUAUAACUUUUUAUUUAAUGCCAUCAUUUAAUAAAACAAUUUUUUUUUUUGUGUGUACUUA